AUGGGGUGUGGUGUCACAAAAAACAGCGAAUUUAAUAGAAGAUAUGACAAAGAUGGAAAUGUCAUCUCAGCAGCCAGAACAAUAAAAGCUGCAGUGCUGAUCCAGCGCUGGCACAAACAGUAUGUGGCUCGCAUGGAAAUGAGACGAAGAUACACUUGGAAUAUCUUCCAGUCCAUGGAGUAUGCAGACCUACAAGACCAGAUCAAAUUAUACAAUUUUCUUGGUUACCUGGUGGAUAACUUUACUCCUUCAAGCAGUGAACGAAACCUGAUCUCACAUAUCUUCAGAGAAAACGAGGUUUGCAGAGAUGCAGAGUGGGAGAGAUACUUCAACUACACCAAUAUUGAUGUGCCAGACAUUUACUCUGGCCCACGGCUGACCUUUCCUUUAGAUAUGGACCAGGCUGCUGAUCUUGUAGAAGCCUUCAAAAACAAACAACAGCAGCUUCACUCUCGUUACGUUCUUCAGCUUCUCCUAGAAACGUGGAAGUUGCUCAGAGUGUUGCCAAAUAUUAAUCGAGUGUCUACAUGCCAUAGCAAAGAAAUAACCAUAUGUGGUGAUUUACAUGGACAGUUAGAGGACUUGCUGCUGAUAUUUUACAAGAACGGAAUGCCAUCAAUGGAAAAACCCUAUGUUUUCAAUGGAGACUAUGUGGACCGAGGGAAAGACUCCAUGGAGGUUCUGCUCAUAUUAUUUGCAUUUCUGCUUGUGUAUCCUGGAGAUGUUUAUCUUAAUAGAGGAAACCAUGAAGACCAUAUCAUUAAUCUAAGGUAUGGCUUCACCAAAGAAGUGCUGGGGAAAUACAAGCUGCAUGGAAAGCGUAUUCUGAAGCUGCUGCAGAAGAUCUUCAGCUGGCUGCCUUUAGUGACAGUGAUCGACCAGCGGGUGCUUAUAGUCCAUGGAGGAAUCUCAGACAGCACAAACCUUGCUCUCAUAGCUCGAGUUGACCGACACAGAUACGUGUCUGCUCUGAGGCCUCCUAGGAAGACAACUCCAUCAUGCAGUAAUUUAUAUGCAGAUUCAGAGCAUUUUGGAAAGGUGGUCAUCUGUCAAAACAGAAGGGGCUCCCUGACAUUCCCCACACCGUUUGGAGCUCGGGAUAGUUUCCAGAGACGCUCUCUUCAAGACUUCUCCAGAACUGUUGCUCGGACGGUUGAGGAGGAGCUCGAGGUCCGCCGUAGACAGGCAGAGUUUAGCCUGUCCAGCUUCAGCAAGUCUCAACACAUCCUGAGAUCUACCCAGUCCACUGAAUCUGAACCGGAGUCAUCUGAAUUCACCGACACCAGCAAUGACGAGUGGAAGCAGAUUUUGGACCUGCUGUGGAGUGACCCCAUGUCUCAGGAUGGUUGUGUCCCAAACGAGGUGCGAGGUGGAGGCUGUUACUGGGGUCCUAAUGUCACCGAAGACUUUCUGAACAGACACAAUCUGCAGCUCAUUAUCCGCUCUCACGAGUGCAAACAGGAUGGAUAUGAGUUUUGCCACAACCGCAAGGUUGUGACACUUUUUUCAGCCUCAAACUAUUAUGAGAUUGGAAGUAACAGAGGAGCCUUUGUCCGGCUGGGUCCAGAUCUCAUGCCUUAUUUUAUUCAAUAUCAGGCCACGAGUAUGACCCGAGGACUGAGCUUUCCACAAAAUGUAAAACGCACAGAGCACACAGCUCUCAAAGUCCUACGUGAGAAGUUGUUUGCACACAAGUCAGAUCUCCUCAGUGCCUUUCAAGAGCUCGAUAAGGAGAACACAGGACUGAUCACUUUGAGUGACUGGGCCAGAGCAGUUGAGCGUGUUCUUCACCUGGAUCUGCCCUGGAGGAUCCUCCAUCCUCAGCUAGUGUCCUCCACCACCAACGGUAUGGUGAAUUACCAUGGCUGGUUUUGUGAUCUUGCGCUAAAAAAGCCCAACUCAGAGGUCAUUGAGCAGUCAAUGUUGGAGACACUAUAUAGACAUCGAUCCACACUGGAGACCAUUUUCAGAAUAGUAGACACAGAUAAUUCAGGUCUCAUAUCUUUUGAGGAUUUUCGUCAGACAUUGAAACUCUUCAGUGCCUAUCUGAAAAUGGAGAUCUCUGAUGAGGUCAUUAAUGAGCUGGUUGUCAGUAUGGACACAAAUAAUGAUGGUAGCAUUGACAUCGAUGAAUUCAUGGAGGCUUUUCGGCUGGUGGAUAAAAGUAGACUUGAGAGGGGUAAAAGUCUACUACAGUUAAGGCAUGACAUUCAGAGACUUCCUCGGGAGGAAGAAAGCUCUCAGAUCGCUGACUCUAAAUGUCCACAGACUUCACAAAUUCCUGCAGAUUCUGCAUGCUCACAGACUUUACAUUCUCCAGCUUUACAGACUGCAGAUUGUCAAUCUUCACAGACCGAUGAUCUCUGCCACAUUUCUGUUGAUGUUCCACCAUAA